AUGCCAUCCAGACUGAGGAGGACCCAGAAACUCAGAGGCCACAUGAGCCAAGGCCAUGGCUGCAUCGGUAAGCCCCGCCAGCACCCAGGAGGCAGCAGGAAUGCUGGAGGCAUGCAUCACCACAGGAUCAACUUUGACAAAUAUCAUCCAGGUUACUUUGGGAAAGUUGGUAUGAGGUUUUACCACUUGAAGAGGAACCAGAGCUUCUGCCCAACUGUCAACCUGGAUAAAUUGUGGACGUUGGUCGGUGAGCGGACAGUGGUCCAUGCAGCAAAAAUCAAGACUAGAGCUGCUCCCAUCAUUGAUGUAGUUCGAUCUAGCCACUACAAAGUUCUGGGCAAGGGAGAGCGCCCUAAGCAACCUGUCAUCGUGAAGGCCACAUUCUUCAGCAGAAGAGCUGAAGAAAAGAUGAAGGGUGUUGGGGGUGCCUGUGUUCUGGUGGCUUUAAAAAACACUCUGGAAGUUAAUUAA